CUUCCCAAACACGUGGACACAGAUGGAUGUGUAGCAAUAACAACAUGGCGAGUCAGUGUCUCACUUAUGAGGGAUGUAAUUUCUUAAGACAGAGGCUAGUUUUAUCAACGCUCAGUGGAAAACGGGUCAAAAUACGAAACAUUCGGUAUAAAGAUGAUAACCCCGGACUCCGAGAUUUUGAAGCCAGCUUCAUUAGGCUGAUGGACAAGAUCACCAAUGGCACUAGGAUAGAAAUCAAUCAAACAGGUACUGCUCUGUUCUAUCAGCCAGGGCUGCUAUAUGGAGGGACUGUAGAGCAUGACUGUAAUCCCCAGCGCUCCAUUGGCUACUACCUGGAGGCUCUGCUUGCACUGGCUCCUUUCAUGAAGAACCCAAUCAGGGCUGUGCUGAGAGGUGUCACUAAUGACCAGAAGGACCCAUCUGUUGACACCCUCAAGGCCACUGCAGUUCCCCUGAUGAAGAAGUUUGGUCUUGAUGGGGAAGGCCUUGAGCUGAAGAUUGUGAAAAGAGGGAUGCCUCCAGGGGGUGGCGGAGAAGUGCUUUUCACGUGCCCCGUUCGCAGGUGUAUUAAACCAGUGCAGCUGACUGACCCCGGCAAAAUCAAGCGAAUUCGAGGAAUGGCAUACUCAGUUAGAGUUUCUCCACAGAUUGCAAACAGAAUUGUGGAUUCAGCCAGAAGCAUCUUAAACAAGUUUAUACCGGACAUUUACAUUUACACAGACCACAUGAAGGGGGCCAGUUCUGGGAAAUCUCCAGGCUUUGGCCUCUCUUUGGUAGCAGAGACCACAAAUGGAACCUUUCUCAGUGCUGAAAUGGCUUCCAAUCCACAGGGACAGGGAGAUCCAGUCCUCCCAGAAGAACUAGGAAAGACCUGUGCCAAGCUACUUUUGGAAGAAAUAUACAGAGGAGGAUGUGUGGAUUCAAUCAAUCAGAGUCUGGUGUUGCUGUACAUGACUUUAGGACAGCAAGAUGUUUCUAAAGCUUUGCUAGGACCUCUCUCUCCAUACACCUGACCACCAGGGGGUACAAGAGUAUACAAGGUGCUUUUGGUUGAUGAGAAAUUUAAUAUGACUAAACAUUGGUAUGUCGCAGAAAUAGUAAUUCCUUUGUUUUCAGUGGUUAGGCUAUUUCUGCACACUGUCUCAAGUUCACCGCCUGACAGCUGCUCAAAAAGCCAUGGAUGUAAAGUGGUGAUUCAUAAAGCAUGUGCAGUCUGGAGUGUUAUUAUAAAGAAACUGUUCUUUUACCUAGAAAUACAAGUAGUUAUGCAUGUAUACUUGAAUACCUAAAGAGAGAAGGGCCUUCAUCCAGUAGUACAUUCAUAAAGGCUGAAAGUAUAUGCAUUAUUUUAUAUACUGUAGUAAAUUGUAAAAUCUGCUCUUAGAAAUUCAGGCUAUAUUUUUUGAGAAUACAGAACUGCAUAUCACUCUUACACUCAUUGCUUUGC